UAAAUUGAGAGAUGCUUCCACAAUUUCUCAAAUACGCCCUCUCCAUACAAAAGAAAGAGAGACAAACUUGAACAUCCAAAACUUACGAAGUUGCAUCCGAAUAUUCUAGUCAUUCGAAGACGACAUUCAAGUUAAUUUCUAAAGUUGAUGCAUAAGAUGACUAAUCCAAACAAAAAAGCUCCUACAAUGAUCUCAAUUCCACCUCCAUCUCAAUUUCAUUCCCCUUCUCCAGCCAAUUCCAUUCCAAUGACCCCUAAAAGCCCGUUCAUCACACGUGUCAUGACACCCUUGGCUAGCCCCAUGAAGAGGGCGAUGUCAAGCAUGCAAGGCUACUUGGAGUUCACCAAGCUCAAUCCACAAGAUGAAUGGCUUCCCAUCACGGAAUCAAGAAAUGGAAACGCCUUUUACGCUGCAUUUCAUACCCUCAGCUCCGGAAUUGGAGUCCAAGCACUUGUUCUUCCCCUUGCCUUCACUGCACUUGGCUGGGUUUGGGGAAUAAUGAGUUUGGCGGUAGUUUUUGUGUGGCAAAUGUAUACACUUUGGCUCCUAAUUCAACUCCAUGAAUCACCUUCCGGGGAUAGAUACAGUAGAUACCUUUGGCUUUCCAUGGCUACUUUUGGUGACAAAUUAGGGAAGUUAUUGACAUUACUACCAACAAUAUACCUUUCAAGCGGGACAUGCAUAACUCUAAUCAUGAUUGGAGGAACCACUUUGAAACUUCUUUUAAACACCAUUGUUGGCAAUUCAUGGAAUGAUAAUAACCAUUCUCCCUUAUCUAUGAUCGAAUGGUACCUUGUUUUCACAUGUGCGGCAGUUGUCUUGACACAACUCCCGAACUUGAAUUCCAUCGCGGGUGUUUCACUAGUUGGGUCCAUUGCCUCGGUCUCAUAUUGCACGAUCAUAUGGGUGGUGUCACUAAUUGAAGGUAGGCCGGCAAGUGUAUCAUAUGAUGAGAAGCCGGAGAAGACAUCAGACAUUGCUAGGGUUUGUGAUGUUCUAAAUGCUCUUGGCAUCGUUGCUUUUGCCUUUCGCGGACAUAAUUUGGUGCUUGAAAUACAGGGAACAAUGCCUUCAAGCCUAAAGCAACCAUCGAGAGUACCGAUGUGGAAAGGGGUGAGGUACUCAUACUCGAUCAUCGCAAUGUGUUUGUUUCCUCUCGCAAUUGGUGGAUAUUGGGCAUAUGGUAACCUGAUGCCCACAACUGGAGGACUGUUAUCUGCGUUGUACAAAUACCACGGACAAUCAGCUUCAAAAGUGAUCCUAGGGACUACAAGCGUGCUAGUCAUCAUAAAUAGUCUCACUUCUUUCCAAAUCUAUGCAAUGCCUGUUUUUGACAACUUAGAGUUAAGAUAUGUGACCAAAAUGAACAGGCCAUGUCCAAGGUGGGUCAGGGCCGGCUCUCGGGUUUUCUUUGGAGGACUAGCAUUCUUUGUAGCAGUUGCACUGCCGUUCUUACCAAGCCUAGCGGGCCUCAUUGGAGGCAUUGCACUACCUGUCACUUUAGCAUAUCCGUGUUUUAUGUGGAUAGUAAUGAGGAAACCCAAAAGGUAUAGCACAAUGUGGUGGCUCAACUGGAUCCUCGGAUGCCUAGGGAUGGCCACAAGUGUUCUACUUGUUUUUGGGGCCAUAUGGACAAUAGUGACUAGAGGAAUCGAGAUCCAUUUCUUCCACCCAAAGUGAAAAAGACAAGAUGUAUAUGUAAUGUAAGUUCAACUGCCAUAUGCAUUGACAGUCAUGCACAGCAGCAGGACCUAAAGACCUCCCAGUUGACAUGAAUGUAACAAUCAAUUCGUCUAUAUAACUUGUUCCGUCUCAUUUUCA